CCGGGUUGUCGACACGAGAUCCGACUGGACUUCCUGAACAGCUCACGUUAUGCUGUCAUCGUCCGUAAUCGUUUGGCUCAAGUGGCUGAAGUCUGCAGACAGGGGGGCAGCGCCGCGCGCUUUCGAGCAACCAUUGCCAGCUUCCGUACCCCGACCAUGCGUUGCAUCUUCAUCGCCCUACUCCUCGCAAAUGUAGCCGCCGCGGCGCACGCGGAAGGUCCGAGCGGCCCAAAUCUCACGGAGUGGGAAGAGGGCCAGGCCAAUGCGUCGGCGGCUGCGGGCGCCGUGGCCGCCAAGCAGGCCAAGAUGGCCGCCGUGGACAAGAUCGUCACCAUGCUGUCGGACUUGCAGGCGAAGGUGAUCAGCGAGGGCGAGACCGAGGCCAAGACCUACAGCGAGUUCGCGUGCUUCUGCAAGGACACCAUUAGCGAGAAAACCGCGGCGAUCAAGGCAGGGGAGGACGACAAGGCGAGCCUCGAGGCCGCGAUUGCGGAGGGCGCGGCACUCCGCGACGAGCUCGACACCACAAUCGCGACGCUGGUCGAGACCAUCGAGGAGGCCCACGCCAAUGUCACGAAGGCGAAGGAGAUUCGCGCCCAGGAGCUCGCCCUGUACAAGGCACAGGCGGCCGAUGUUGAGGCCGGUCUCAUCGGGCUGGAGGGCGCGAUCAAGGCUUUGAAAGCCUCGAAGAAGCCAGCCUUCGUGCAGUUGCAGGGGGUUGCCAAAACGGUGCGUACAGCAGCGCUCAUAGCCGACUCGCUGGGGCUCAUGAAGGGUUCGGCCGCAGGGCCUAUCAGCGCGUUCUUGCAGGAGGAGCCUGAGGUGCCUUUCGAGAACUACAAGUUUCACUCAUCAGACAUCAUCAGUACCCUUGAGGAGCUGGAAAGGUCGUUCAAGGAUACCAAGAUCAAUUUGGAUUCUUCUGAGAAGGCGAGCCUUCAGGGACACACCAUGUACCUCCAGUCGAUGGCUGCCAAAAUCAAGGACCUUAACCUCGACCUGGAUGCCACCAAGGUCAAAAAGGCGGACACGAUUGCUAAGAUCAAGGCAGACAGCGAGAAUCUGUCCACUGUCGCUGCGAAGCUGCUUGAUGAUCAGCAGUACUUGGAGACGCUUGCCCAGAUGUGCAAGGACAAGAAGAAAACCUGGGACCAGCGCUCCAGCACGCGUGCCGACGAGCUGUACACCAUCACGCAGGUCAUCGGGAUCAUAGAGGGCGCUGUCAGCAACAAGACCCGUGCGGCGACCGUGCGAUUCAACCAGGUUGGCGUGAGCCUGAGAAUCGCAAACGCCGUCGCCAUGGACAGGUCUGCGAUGGAGGCGGUUGAAGCCGAAGCAGAGGCUGCGGAGGAGGGUCAGCCGGUCGCGUUUCUGCAGCGCGUCAGCGUUCGGAGGCACCUCGGCGGGGAACCCGUGGAGGAUGGCCGCGAGGUUGUGGUAUCAUUGCUCAAGUCGAAGGGCCAGCAGCUAAAGAGCCAGGUUCUCGCUUCGCUUGUCGCCCAGAUCUCCGCGGUGCAUGGCGACGACCCCUUCGCGAAGAUCAAGACGCUCAUCCAGGAGCUCAUCGAACGCCUCCUGCAGGAGGCCUCCAACGAGGCGAACCAGAAAGGCUGGUGUGACAAGGCCACCUCCGCGGCCACGCAGAAGCGCGACUACUCCGUGGAGGAAAUCCGGUCCCUGAAUGCUGAGAUGGCCGAGCUGGAAGCCUUACGUGACAAGCUCGCCGAGGAGUUGUCUGUGCUCGCAGACGAGAUCGCUGAGUUGGUGGCCAACCGGAAGAAAGCGGAAGAGAUUCGCACCAAGGAGAAGGGAGAGAACGAGUUCACCAUCGCAGAGGCGGAGGCUGGUCUUGAGGCCAUCAACCAGGCCAUGGACAUCCUAGACAAGUGGUACAAGACGAAUGUCAAGAACGAGGUCUCGUUGGCACAGCAGGGUCCUGAGAAGGAUGCGCCCGACGCGGGCUUCGAUAAUUUCGAAGCUUACAAGGGUGCACAGGCCGAGUCGGGCGGCAUCAUUGGAAUGAUGGAGGUCAUCGCCUCAGACUUCAGCAGAACCAUCACCGAGACUCAGAAGGCGGAGGCCGCGGCGGAGGACGAACACAUGGAAUUCAUGACUGAGACAGGCAAGUCUCUGGGGGAGAAGAAGGCGAUCGAGGCGCAGACGACCACUGAGAAGGACAACGCCGUUGAGGACUUGGAGGCCGCGAGUGACAAGCUGCAGUCCAACAACGAUAUCUUGCAGGCAUCCAUCACCGAGCUGAUCGAGCUCAAGGCCGCGUGCAUCGACACUGGCAUGAGCUACAGCGACCGCGUGGCUAAUCGCGAGGACGAGAUCGAGGCUCUCAAAAAGGCCCUGUGCAUCCUCGGCGCUUAUGAGAAGUACGGCCCAGAUGGAGCCCGCGACGCGUGCUGAGUGGUGUCGGCAGCGGUUGGAUGGACUGGUGGAUGUGGUGUGUGACGGACCCGAUCGAGGUGGUGGCGGUGGAGGUGGUGCCAUGAGUGUCGCGUUCUACCCAGCAGAUGCGGAGGACCACCCCUGGUGUCUGCAAGAUAAAAG